AUGCGUCUCCCUGGGCUAGACUCCCACAUCAAAAUGAACUGUGAGCAGGACUUUGGAGAAGGGGGCAUGAACGUCACUCUAACCCUCAGGCUGCUCAUGCAUGGGAAGGAGGUUGGCAGCAUCAUAGGAAAGAAAGGAGAGACAGUCAAGAGAAUACGAGAGGAGAGCAGCGCACGUAUCAAUAUCUCAGAGGGCUCAUGCCCAGAGAGAAUCAUCACAAUCACUGGACCCACAGAAUGCGUCUUCAGAGCCUUCACCAUGAUCACAUUAAAACUGGAAGAGGAUCUGGCAGCUCUCGUGGCUAAUGGCACAGUCACCAGCAAGCCUCCGGUCACCCUGCGGUUGGUCAUCCCAGCCAGCCAGUGCGGCUCUCUCAUCGGGAAGGGUGGCUCCAAAAUCAAAGAGAUCAGAGAGAGCACGGGAGCACAGGUACAAGUGGCAGGGGAUCUGCUUCCCAACUCCACUGAAAGAGGCGUCACGAUAUCUGGCACCCAAGAUGCCAUCAUUCAGUGUGUCAAACUCAUCUGCACUGUAAUACUAGAGUCUCCUCCAAAGGGUGCCACAAUUCCUUAUCGCCCCACCCCCGCCCCAGGAGCUGUCCUCCUCUCUGGAAAUCAGGUUUUCGAAGCUUCUGAGUUUGGGUCUCACCCUCUAUUCUCAAUGGCUCAAGGAGGUUUGGAUCUGCAACAAGCAUACACUGUACAGAACCAAUAUGGCAUUCCACAUUCAGAGCUGGCCAAGCUCCAUCAGUUGUCCAUGCAGCAGGGUCUUGCCCCGAUAGGCCAAGCUGCAGCCACCCCUGUCCUGCCUGCAGGCAUGGAGUCCAACUCCCAGACUGCUUCCCAGGAGCUCCUUAUUCCAAAUGACCUGAUUGGUUCGAUCAUUGGCAGACAAGGUACAAAGAUCAAUGAAAUCCGCCAGGUAUCUGGAGCACAAAUCAAGAUCGGCAGUCAGCUCGACAGUACCAGUGACCGACAUGUCACCAUCACAGGCUCCCCAAUCAGCAUCAACCUGGCCCAGUACCUCAUCACAUCCUGUUUAGAGACCGCCAAAUCCACCGCCCAGUCCUCCUCCAUGUCGACCCCUGUAGACCUGAACAUGAGCUUCACCCAGCCCGCCUCCCCUGCCUCGUCCUCUGCCGCAGCCCUGGCAGCGAUGGGCGGUCUGCCCCACGCUCCCAUCCUGGGCGCUCCCUAUGCCCUUCCCCUCUCCAGCCUCCUGGGAAUGAAGUCUGUUCCCUUCCUGGCACUCUCUGCACCUGCAGCCACAGCUGCCGCGGCUGCAGCCGCCGCCGCUCCGGCCCACGGUACGCUGGCCUCCUACACCGCCAAAAUAUCCUCCGCCAACGGCAUCAAGAAACCCGAGCGGCAGAAAUUUGCACCGUAUUGA